CACACUGAAUGAAUGGCAAAAAAGCAAAAAGAAGUAAAAUAAAUAAAUAUUCGGCGAAUUAUUGCAACUAGUUGGAAUCGUAAGGCAUUUAGGUAUUAUACGAGCAAACUCACAGAAUAAAGCAAUUAAAGUAGGAGAAUUCCCAACACGACCAUGAUGACGACCAAGGCUGGGAGUGUGGUAAUGAAUUGCCGGACCUGCACACGAGCCUGCAAACUGUAUAAAUCGCUGCAAGAUGAGAUCGAGAUUGGCACCGAGGGCACCACCACACUGGCCAACAUGCUGAAUUAUUGCUCGAGUCUAUCCUUUGAGCCGGAAGACGGCGAGACGAUGCCGCAACACAUCUGCCAGAACUGCUUGCAGCUACUGGAGCAAGCAGUUGCGUUCAAGCGCAUGGUCAUCGACUCGGACGAGCUGCUGCGCCAGGGAUUGAACGAGGCCAACGAUGCCUUCGAUGAGUACGUCACAGUUGAGAUGCUGACCGACGUAGAGGUGGACAACACCAAGCCGGACUCAUCCACCACGGACGAGUCGCCGGCCAUCAUGUUGGAGAAUCUCAACGAGCUGCAACAGGGCGAGGAGGAAUUCGUCAUCGAGGAGGUGGCCGAGCAGGAGGAUGAGCAGGAGGACGAGCAUGAAAUAGAUGAGGCUGAACAGCUUCAGCUGGUGGCAGCCACAGCCGAGCAUUUAGAGAUUGAGACCGUGCACGGAUACCAGCAGGGGGGCAUUCAGUAUGAGAUCAAGAAUGAGUUCGGCUCCCUGGACACCGACGAGGAUGAAUAUGAAGUGAUCGACGAGGCAACAUCAGCUGAUUUGCUCGAUGAACGUAUGAUAGUGAUACACGCCGAGGAUGCCAUCGAGGAAAUUGGGGAAGAAGGCCUGGAAAUGGUCGAAGAGGAAGCAGAGGAUAUUUUGACGUGCGAGGAAGAGGAGAUCGAGUGCGAGGUUGAGGAGGCGGACUACCUGGAUGAGUCAGUGGAGGAGUCGACCCAACUGCCCUGCGAGCCGCUGCCGUAUGUCUGCAAAGUGUGCCAAAAGCCAUUCCGCCAGCAAUGCCGCCUCAAUCAGCACAUGCGAUCGCACAUCCACGAGAAGCUCUACCGCUGCGACGAGUGCGGCAAGAAGCUGAAACAUUUGCGCAACUUCAAGGAGCACAUGCUCACCCAUUCAAAUGUCAAGCCGCAUCAGUGCCCCAUUUGUGAUCGUUUCUAUCGCACCACAUCCAGCUUGGCCGCUCACAAGCGCACCCAUGCCGAGGAAAAGCCACACACUUGUGAGAAGUGUGGACGCGGCUAUGCCGCCUUGGAUCAUCUGAAGCGUCACAUGCUCACGCACACCGGUGAGCGUCCGUAUGCUUGCGAUUUGUGCGACAAGGCCUACUACGACUCGUCGUCGCUGCGGCAGCACAAGGUGAGCCAUACGGGCGCCAAGAUGUUCACCUGUGAGAUAUGCGGCGUGGGAUUGUCGCAAAAGUCCGGCUACAAGAAGCACAUGCUGGUCCACUCUGGCGCAAAGCCGCACAAAUGUCACAUCUGUGGGCGUGCCUUUACAUUCACCAGCAAUCUCAAUGCCCACGUUCGUCUGCAUUCCGGCGAUAAGCCAUUCAAGUGUGAGAUAUGCAGCAAGGCAUUCCCCACCAAGAAGCGUCUCGUCAGCCACCUGCGUGUCCACAACAAGGAGUCGCGCAUUAAUGGUGUCAGCAACCGCAGCAACACCGCCAGCAUGCCCGUGGCUAAUCUGCACCAACGCGCAGUUGGCAACCAAAUGCCCGACAUAACUGACCAAAAGGUGUCCAACUCAAAGGUUGUGGUUGUGCUUUAGGUUUCCCUCUUAAUGGAUUAAGUCUAGCCUAGGAAUAUCUAUAAAUAUAUGUAUAGAUUAUAUAUAUAUUAAGAGUCAGCACACAGAAAGAGGCGCAUGCAACUGUUUUAAACUGUAUAAAAACCUGUGCAUGUGGUGCAAGAUUAGUUUUAGUUUUAAUCUACUUAUCCAUUUAGUUGGUUAUAGAUGGGGGGAGCACUUUCUGUACAGAUACUGAUUCUACGUACAAUUUUGUAUAAUUAAUUUGUCCAAAAUGUGUGGCUCUAUGUUUUUCUUUGAGAGUUACAAAUUUUGUAACAUGAAUGUUAGAAAUAACAUCACGAAGUGGAUGCUUAAUUGAUUAUUUACCCAAUUCAAACGGUCUGCAA